GGCUUCCAACGAUAAUCACAUCCUUCUCUUUCUCUUCUUCUCCUUUCUCUCUCUCCUCCAAAUCAACUCAUGCAUGGCCCAAAACGUCAAAGGAGGCUAUUGGUUCCCAGACAGCGGCAUCACGGCCUCCGAUAUCGAUUCGACCCUCUUCACUCAUCUCUUCUGCGCGUUCGCUGACCUCGAUGCGUCGACAAACGAGGUGGUCAUAUCGUCGGCAAACGCUCAGUCUUUCGCAGCCUUCACUAGUGACGUCCAGCAGAAGAACCCGUCAGUCGUAACCCUCCUGUCCAUCGGCGGUGGCAGCUCGAACGCGACCGCCUUUGCAACCAUGGCAAGUCAGUCUAGCUCCCGAAAGACUUUCGUCGAUUCCUCCAUAGCCCUAGCUCGGUCAAACGGCUUUCAUGGCCUCGAUCUUGAUUGGGAAUACCCGGACAUUGACGAGAAGAUGACCAACUUGGGGUUGCUCCUCCAGGAGUGGCGGACCGCGGUGACUGCUGAGGCGGCUAGCUCAGGCGAGGAUGCUUUGCUUUUGUCAGCGGCAGUCUAUUACUCGCCACACUACUGGUCGCCCACGGAUUAUCCCGUGGCCGCCAUGGCGGCGAACUUGGAUUGGAUCAAUGCUAUGGCCUAUGAUUUCUUUGGACCCGGUUGGUCCUCUACCACAGGACCACUUGCCGCUCUCUAUGAUCCAGGGAACGGCUUAAGUGGAGACAUCGGGGUGACCGCGUGGAUUCAAGCCGGCAUGCCGGCGGGGCAGAUUGUGCUCGGCUUCCCCUUCUACGGGCGCGCAUUCACCCUCACGGAUGCCAAUGACCACGGCUACUUCGCACCCUUCACCGGGCCGGCGAUAUCCUCCGAUGGGUCAAUCGUGUACAAUCAGAUCACAACGUACAUAUCCCAAAACAGCGCGACCACAGUGUACAACUCCACGGUCGUGUCCGCCUACUGCUAUUCUGGGACGACAUGGAUCAGCUACGAUGAUACCCAAACCAUCUCUACCAAGGUCACGUACACAAAGGGAAAAGGACUUAAAGGUUACUUUGCAUGGCAUGUUGCUGGUGAUUAUAACUGGGUUCUCUCUCAAACAGCUUCAAGUUCGUGGUGACCUAGACGACAUCAGAGGAGACAUUAUCCACAGG